AUGGACACUGCCAUUAAGUGUUUAUAUUGUGAUAAGAUCUUUGCUCAGCGUAAAUCGCUGUAUGUGCAUUGUCGGAAAUUUCACGACACAGAUGUAGUACCAGUGAAAGAUUUGCAAUGUGGAGUAUGUCAAAAAGGUUUUUCAACCCCUAAAACAUUGAGUGUACAUGUAAAAAAGUUCCAUGAUGAAAUUGAUACAAACAAAACCAAAAACAAUCAAACAAGAAUGAUUUGCCCCUAUGACAAGUGUGUAGUCGAAUUAUUUACAUUUGUUAAACAAAGACAGCAUUUGUGCGAUGUGCAUGGCUUUGAUGUGGAAUUGGAAAAUAUUAAUUUUUGUGAUAUCUAA